CUUUUAAUAAAGGUCGUGAUCAGUUGGCUGAUAAGAAUCCUCUUCAAGUAAUCGGAUUAUUUCCUUCCUCUCCUCCCCUAAAAACGCCGCCAAUACCGCCGGCCACGGCAUUCUUGCCUCAAAGAAUCUACACUCACUCACUCAGUUACAAUAUUGGAUGGGUAAGCCCAUAACUCGAUCCCUUUCUCGUUCUUUGCAGGAAUCCUCCUGCACUUCAGGAUCACAGUCACAAUCACAAACCUCUGCGACUAAUGCUUCCUUGACCAAAAUACCAUUCCGACCUAGAAAAAUCCGAAAACUUUCUAUCCAUACCAGCACUGCCAAUAAUACCGAGGCAAGCUCCGCCGGCAAAUUAUUAUCAGCCAAAGGCGAAAUCGACCUCGCUCUUGAACAUCUCCGCAACUCAGAACCUCUCCUCGCAGCUCUAAUCAACACCCAUAAACAUCCCAUAUUCGAAUCCAAUACCCCACCUUUUCUAUCUUUAUCAAGAAGCAUUCUCUACCAACAGCUCGCCCUUAACGCUGCAAAAUCAAUCUACACGCGCUUCCUCACCCUUUGCGGGGGCGAAUCCGGGGUCCUACCGGAGAAUGUUCUGUCUCUCUCUGUUCAACAGCUCCGGGAAAUUGGCAUUUCUGGUCGAAAAGCGAGUUAUCUCCAUGAUCUUGCAGACAAGUACAGGAAUGGGUCUUUGUCGGAUUCGUCGAUUCUUGAAAUGAGCGAUGACAUGCUCCUAACUAGCUUGACUGCUGUAAAGGGAAUUGGGGUUUGGUCCGUACAUAUGUUUAUGAUAUUUUCGCUGCAUAGGCCUGAUGUUUUGCCCGUGGGUGAUCUUGGCGUGAGGAAAGGAGUACAGAGUCUGUACGGGCUUAAGGAGUUGCCCCAGCCAUCGCUAAUGGAGCAACUUUGUGAGAAGUGGAGGCCUUAUAGGUCUGUUGGGUCUUGGUAUAUGUGGAGGUUAAUGGAAGCUAAGACAUUGGCUAAAGCCACUGCAAAGUCAUAGAAUUGCUCAGGUAUUUGUGUUAAUUAGCUUUUAAAUUGGUGAUAAAAUUAGUUUCCUGUUCUUAUGCCUUCCACUUUGUAGAAUGUAAUCCCAUCUAGAUCUCACUGAUUCAUCUUUGUCUAAAUGGAACUGCUAAAUUCUGAAACUUCAAUUGGGUACGUGAAAUUCUUCUGAACUAUGUAUCCCAUUUGCUGAAUGGUGGAACUGUGCAUUUAGAAACAUUGAGCUUAACCGGGUUCAUAUAUAUCUAUAACAUAUAUAUAUAUAUACAAGCAUCAUAGCUUGGUGACGCAUAUAUACUACAAAGAAUCUGGAUUUAGAAGUGUAGCAGAACUGGAAGGUUGUAGUACAGAAGGUUUCUGAAGCGGUUGAGCUUAUCAGCUGUUGGUGAUGCUUGAUGAUCCACAAUUAACAAGUUGAUUCAUAACUGUAGUUUUAAGCCUGUGAUUUUGAGUCUGUAAAAGCUGGAAGCUGAUGGGAUGCUGAAAGAUUUCUUAUUUCAGCCCAGUAUUACUAUGUUUGAGCAAAUAAAUGCAAAGCCAAUGCUCAUCCUACAUGUUUUCCUGUAAUAAGUACUCCCUAGAUGUUUGCCCGGCAGAACAGGAUUAGAUUUGAUGUCGAUCGAAGUUUACACGAUGAAAUUAUAAUAUUUGAAGUUUAUCAGA